CCUGGUCUCUGUGCGAGUCUGUGUUGGUGCCUGUGUGGUGUACACGUGAGUCUGUGUGGUGUACACGUGAGUUGGUGUCUGUGUAGUGUACACGUGAGUCUGUGUCUGUGUAGUGUACACGUGUGUUGGUGCCUGUGUGGUGUACACGUGAGUCUGUGUUGGUGUACACGUGAGUCUGUGUGGUGUACACGUGAGUUGGUGUCUGUGUAGUGUACACGUGAGUCUGUGUCUGUGUAGUGUACACGUGUGUUGGUGCCUGUGUGGUGUACACGUGAGUCUGUGUUGGUGUACACGUGAGUCUGUGUGGUGUACACGUGAGUUGGUGUCUGUGUAGUGUACACGUGUGUUGGUGUCUGUGUUGGGGUCUGUGUGGUGUACACGUGAGUUGGUGUCUGUGUACACGUGGGUCUGUGUUGGUGUAUACGUGAGUUGGUGUCUGUGUUGGUGUACACGUGAGUCUGUGUCUGUGUGGUGUACACGUGUGUGUUGGUGUACACGUGAGUCUGUGUGGUGUACACGUGUGUGUUGGUGUACACGUGUGUGAGUCUGUGUGCAAUUGUGUACACGCUUGUGUGUGUGUGUGUAUAUUUGUCUCCGUGUUGAGAACAAGCCGACGUUCUUCGACGACAUGAACCGGGCGGCGGUGAUUUUGCAGCACCUGGCGCCACGGGGCGGUGGUGCCAGCCCUCGCUCCGUUUCGUCAGCCGGCGCAAGAGUGGUCCCUUUUGUGCCGCAGACGGACGAUGACAUUGUGGUGGUGCAUGGCGUGCGCACGCCCUUCGGCAGAGCAAAGCGCGGGGUCUUUAAGGACACAAUGGUUGAUGAGCUUCUGAUAGCCGUUAUGACAGGCCUGCUCAAGGCCACCAAACUCCAGCCAAGCCAGCUCGGGGACAUCUGUGUGGGGAACGUGCUGCAGCCGGGAGCAGGUGCCGUUGUUGCCAGGGUUGCGCAGUUUCUCAGCGGUAUUCCGGAGACCGUGCCCAUUUACUGUGUGAACAGGCAGUGCUCGUCUGGACUGCAAGCCUUCAUUAACAUCGCCGGUGGAAUACGUAAUGGAUCCUAUGACAUUGGCAUGGCGUGCGGCGUGGAGCUCAUGUCUCGCGGUUCGCCUGGGGACCCGAAGAAUGUCGGGGACGUGAGCUCCCGAAUGAUGGACGAUGACAAGGCGCGGGACUGCCUCAUCCCCAUGGGGGUAACAUCUGAGAAUGUGGCAGAGCGGUACGGCAUCACCCGGGAGAUGCAGGACGCUCUGGCUGUCGCCUCGCACCAAAAGGCGGCACGAGCCACCAAGCUGGGCCUAUUCCAGGAGGAGAUCGUGCCCGUGACCACAGUGGUGCUCAUGGGCGACGAGGAGAAAACCAUCACCGUUACCCAGGAUGAGGGCAUUCGCCCGGACACCAGCAUGGAGGGCCUGGCGCGACUGCGGCCGGCCUUCAAGGAGGAUGGCACCACCACCGCAGGAAACUCAAGUCAGGUGAGCGAUGGCGCCGCAGCGGUGCUGGUGGCACGGCGGAGGGCGGCACGGGAGCUGGAGCUGCCUGUGCUGGGGGUGCUGCGGAGCUACGCCGUGGUGGGGGUGCCGCCCGACGUCAUGGGCAUCGGCCCCGCGCUCGCCAUCCCGGCCGCCCUGAGCCAGGCUGGUUUGACAGUCGAUGACGUUGAUGUGUUUGAAAUCAAUGAAGCCUUCGCCAGUCAGGCGGCGUACUGUGUGAAGCGCCUGGGCAUCCCCGCUGAGAAGCUGAACCCCAAUGGAGGUGCCAUCGCACUGGGCCACCCAUUGGGCUGCACGGGCACGCGGCAGAUCAUCACCCUCCUGCACGAGCUGAGACGCCGUGGCCGCAGGGCAUAUGGCGUAGUCUCAAUGUGCAUUGGAACUGGCAUGGGAGCUGCUGCAGUGUUUGAGUUUCCAGGAAACUGAGGGAAACUGAGCACAUAACACACAUGAUUUCCAGUUUUGGAAUACUCUAAUCACUAACUUGAUAUCUCUAUACUAUACUAGAUUGCCUGAAGUUUAACACAAAAAAUAUGACAUUCUCCUUGAUUGUACAUCUCAUCAAUCAUGAAGUUUAAUUGAAAAAAUAUGAGAUUUUAAUUUUCUCAUGAAUAUACACCUCAAAGUUAGAUUUAAAAUACUGUAUUAAAAGAUCUAUAAACAUUUCAAAAA